GGCGCCAGGCGGUUAGCCUCGCCACAACUUGCCCAGAACAGACAGGCCUCACUCUGCGUCCUGGAAGAAGGAGCUGGCCCGCCGCUUCCCUCCCGGCUGCUCCUCGGCCUCCACGGGCCCGCCCGCGCUAGCAGCGCCCCUGGAGCCUGCGUCCGCAGCUUCGCCCCUGUCCGCCUGCAGCGCCCGGCGCCCGCCCAGAAGCGCGCAGCUGGGGUGCUGGGGAUAUAACGGUGAGCAAGAGAGACCACGGCCCUUGUUCCCGCUGAUCCUGCAGCCCAGUGGAUGGAGUCCAGGGUACAUAGACCUGCCAGGGACUCCCCGGUGGACUGAGGAAUGGCUGGCUUUUCCUCAGUUCAUCCAUCUCUAUGGUAACCACAGGCAGCUCCCAGAAGACCUCGAGAAUGAGAGGCCUGAGGUCUACGAGUUGCUGCUAGAAAUAGUUCAGCCUCUCCAGAAAACAGAAUGCAGCUGCCGCACAAGCUUGUAAGGGCCCUGGGCGCACGCUGACCGCGCGCUGGCCGGCUCGCACUUUGCUCCAGGUCCACGCCCGUGGCGCUGCCAUAACAACGGCCUAGACGCCCAGGCUUUAGGCCGCCGCCGCCGCCGCCGGGACCCAGCCUUCUCCCCGCUCCGAGGGGUGGGGCGGCGGCGGCCCGGGCCGGGUAGACGGGACUGCCCCCUCCUCCGAAGCCGGCAGAGGCGGCGGAUUUGCUUCCAAGCAUGCCCUUUCAGAAGCAUGUCUACUACCCGCUCGCCAACAGCCUGGAGAGACCCGCCUCCGAAGCCGCCGCGGCGGGCGGGGCCGCCAUGGCCUGCGGCCCCGCCAGCGCGGCUUCGGGCCCCCUGCCCUUCUUCCAGUUCCGCCCGCGGCUGGAGAACGUGGACUGGCGGCGGCUGAGCGCCAUCGACGUGGACAAGGUGGCAGGCGCCGUGGACGUGCUCACGCUGCAGGAGAACAUCAUGAACAUCACCUUCUGCAAGCUGGAGGACGAGAAGUGCCCGCACUGCCAGUCUGGGGUGGACCCGGUGCUGCUGAAGCUCAUCCGCCUGGCGCAGCUCACCAUCGAGUACCUGCUGCACUCGCAGGAGUUCCUCACCUCGCAGCUGCACAACCUGGAGGAGCGGCUGCGCCUGAGCCUGGCCGAGUGCGAGCAGAGCAAGAAGCUCCUCACCAAGCAGGCCGGCGAGAUCAAGUUACUCAAGGAAGAGUGUAAACGCAGGAAAAAGUUGAUCUCCACCCAGCAGCUGAUGAUUGAGGCCAAAGCCAGCUAUUACCAGUGCCGUUUUUGUGACAAGGCCUUUAUGAACCAAGCUUUUCUACAAAGUCAUAUUCAGCGCCGCCACCCUGAAGAUUCUCAUCUUGCUGCAGUUGGGGAACAGACUGUAGGGGCAGAGGUGGAAGCACCUGGGAAGGUGAGGAGGCUGCAUGAUAGCCCAGCAGAGUAUAAGACAAGGGCACAGACUGACAAGCUCCAGAAUGAGAUCGACAUGUUGAAGGAGCAGCUGCAGCUCACCAGGUCUCAGCUAGAGGCUGCACAGCAUGCCCAUGUAGUCAGAUUCUCUAAGGAAUAUGAAAUGCAGAAAACAAAAGAGGAAGAAUUUCUGAAGUUAUUUGAUAGAUGGAAAGAAGAAGAAAAGGAGAAACUAGCUGAUGAAAUGGAAAAAGUCAAGGAAAUGUUUAUGAAGGAGUUUAAAGAACUAACUUCUAAGAAUUCAGCGUUAGAAUAUCAAUUGUCAGAAAUCCAGAAGUCCAAUAUGCAGAUCAAGUGUAACAUAGGCACAUUAAAAGAUGCACAUGAGCUUAAAGAAGAACGUCCUCAGCAUCCCCAGGAUUUCCAAAAUGUGAUGCAACUUCUUGAUAGUCAGGAAAGCAAGUGGACAGCUCGAGUUCAGGCUCUUCAUCAAGAACACAAGAAAGAGAAGAGCCGGCUCCUGUCACAUAUAGAGAAACUUCGAACCUCAAUGAUAGAUGAUCUAAAUGCAAGUAAUGUAUUCUACAAGAAAAGGAUAGAAGAGCUAGGGCAGAGGCUCCAGGAGCAGAAGGAGCUGAUCAUCACUCAGAGACAACAGAUUAAAGAGUUUACCAGUAAACCAUUAAACAGUGUCAGUGAACCCAGAGGGAAUCCUUUAACCUGGCAAACUUUUGAAUCUAAGCCGACUACCCCAACUGUACCUAUGAAUGCCCCAGCCCCACAGACUUUGGAUGCUAAGUCAAGUCUAACAAUGGCACAUGAACAGGCAUUCUCAUCGCACAUACUGGAACCAAUAGAAGAACUUUCAGAGGAAGAAAAAGGAAAGGAAAAUGAACAGAAAUUAAAUAACAAGAUACAUUUAAGGAAAACUUUGAAGAAUAACCCUUCCCUCACUAAGGAAAUAAGAACAGUCUUGGAGCAGAGUUUGGUGGAGAAACUGGAAACCUUGGGGAUUAGUGCAGAUAUACGCGGUAUUCCAAGUGACCACUUGAAUAGAGUGCUAAGAACCGUAGAAUCAGCAAGACAUGAGCGAGAAAGACAAAUACCUAACAUUCAGCAAAUUCGUGAAUUCCUUGAAAAUCAGGUCAGCCGUAAAACUGAGGAGAGAACACUACUGUCCACAGACAGGUACAGUGCUUCUCAAGUGGACACCCUUUCAACUGGAGAAAUAGCCAAAGCAAUACAUCUUCCUCUCAAAAGCAGACAGUUGGUUAGACAAAAACCUGUUUUUACCGAUAGGACAUCUGUUCCAAAAGUUAAGAAAAAUAUCACAGAAGAUCAUUUUCCCAGAAAGUCUUCAACUGUUGCGACCCCUCCCUUCAGUUCAGAGGAAGAGCUGGACGAUGGGGACCUCCUCCAGGCCUGUGUCUCGCCAGACUUACUUCCUGUGCUGUCAUCUAAAAGCAACAAGAGUAGCUUUGGAAGGAACACCGUCAAAAGUGACACUGACUGGACCGAGGGAAGUGAAAUUGAGGACUCUGCUGUUUCUCCCAAGCCCACAGGAACCUCCAUUAAAACAUUAACUGGAAAAGUUGAAAAGACAGUUUCAAAUCACAGAAGUGUGAAUAAGCCAGUUGGUGGGCUUAAUGUUGCUGAGGCGUUCAUCAAAAAGGCACAAAAAGAAGAUCUAAAGUGUGCAGAUGUGGACGAUAAUGACUGGGACAUAUCAUCCUUAGAGGAAGAGAAAUCUUUGGGGAAAAGAAUUGGAAGAGAACAGAAGGAACCUCCACCUGUGAAGAAUGAAUCAAAUGCUACUCAAGUGCCAAGUGCCUGGGGUGCAACUAACCAGAAAGGGCCAAAGGGAGAAGGACCUCAGGAUGAAUCCAGCACAUUGAAAAGCAGCUUAGUAACCGUGACGGAUUGGAGUGACUCUUCAGAUGUGUAACUGUCACCCCACGCAUCAGGAGGCCCUUCCAGACGCCAGCAGUAUUGCAGAAUCACAGUAUUUCAGUGCUGCCUACACGACUCUGGUGCUCCUGCUUGGCAGUAUCUCCUACAAUAACAAGGGAGCUGACUCUCCAAGAACCAGAGUCCCUUUAGUGGCACCACUGCGGUUAUUACAAAACAAACUGUCAGCAGUAUUUUGAAGCACAUAAAGGUGUUUAAGACUGCUGCUUAAAAAAUAAUGUGUCGUUGAAGUCAUAAAAAGUUUUUUCUUCAGAACGGUACUCUAGUGUUUGUUUAAGUGUAUUUUUUUUUAACUAAUCUUUAAGUGAAUUUUUUUUUAAACUUCUUAUAGCAGGUUUUGGUUUGACUUAGAACCUUUUGUAUAUCUUUCUUAUGUAUGUUGUCACGUUGGAAGUGUUUUAUUAUGAAGUUCUGUUAGUAUCCUUAAAAUUGAAUUAGUGGAAUCAGUGAAAUCUUAAGAGUAGAUUGCUUAUUUUUCAUAUAGAAGUUUAGAGUUAUAAAAAUAUAGCUAGGCCCACGUUAGAUAACUCCAUUUUCCAGAAGUACUUUUACCAUAUGCAGCUUUGAGCCGUUGUAAGCAUGUCGUUUUAUUUUAGAACUUUAAAUACCAUUUCUGUGGCAUCAUCUUUACCUUGGAUAUUUUAUGAAUAAAAUGUAGCCAGUUUAAAUGUCAGUUAAUUUAUCUAUAAACAAAAUAGAUCGAGUCAAUACUGAA